UAAUACGCUAUGGUUACCUUGAAAACCAUAAGAUGAACAAACAGAUAUUUGGAAUUUAUUUGAGAACGCUGGAAGGCAAGAAGUACAGUAGUAAAGUAUCAGAAAACCGGCCCUAACGGUGUGACCCUAACAGUGACCCACCACAGUUUGGGAGUCAUAAAAACACCCUAAAAGACUUAUACUUUUCUAAUGGGCAGGCGUGAGUCACUGCUGGAUAAGAAUGUCUUUUUGUUAAUUAUUAUUGUUACAUUUAUUAAUGACUUCAUAUGUAGAAUGUAGAAUGUCGUAACUUAGGUUAAAAGUUCUACACCAAAGGUUGGGAAUACCACAUUUUCUGACAGGAUGCCACACACACUAACCUGCUCUUCUUAUUUUGGCUGCUAAGCUGACCUGAAGUUGUCACUGCCAGGGCAUUCUUCCUCAAGCUUCUCCUUGAGGCUGACACUUGACCUCCUUGGCAGGUUGGACAUGGACUUCCCGCUGGCGGGUCACUACACAGCGUGCAGCUACAUGACCUCGGCUGACUUGGUGACCCGUGACCCCCGCCUGCUGGCCCCACCUGAGUUAAGGGUCGCUGCCCUCCACGCCACCCCUAGACCUGACCUGCCUGUCAAGCACGACCUCACCAGGUCAGACCUCAACCCACGCCUCGAGUAUCGGCCAGCCCACGACUACACCAUCUCCCGCCCCGAACUAAAAGCUGACCUCCUGCCCGUCGAACUGCGUGCUGACCUCGUACGUCGUGACCUCCGCGCAGAGCUCCGAUCUCACGAGGGUCCAACAGGGGAGGUCAGAGGGCACGAGAGAGCCUCCAACCUGAAGCGGGAGAACCGACCUUCAGACAUAGAGAACGACCCGACAUUUGUACUUGCUGGGUCCAACGCCGCCACCAGCAGAAGAUCCAGGGAGCGGGAACACGUGCUGGCUAUGACCAAGGAGGAGAGGCGGCGGCGCAGACGCGCUACCCUUAAGUAUCGCACUGCGCACGCUAGUCGAGAGCGCAUGCGUGUGGAGGCUUUUAAUGUGGCAUUCGCGCAGCUGCGCAAGCUGCUGCCAACGCUGCCGCCCGACAAGAAACUCUCCAAGAUCGAGAUUCUUCGCCUCGCCAUCUGCUACAUUGCCUACCUCAAUCACGUGCUGGAUGUGUGAGCUUCGUAGUGGCCUCCUCCUCGCCACCACGUGCUGGAUGUGAUCGUCCUGUGGCCUCUUAUUUCCCCACACAGCUUCUCUCCCAUGAUCUUGUGAAUGUUUGUUUUUCUUAUUUUUACGAGAGCUUAAACAAAAUUUCACAUAAUUACACACGAAUACAUACAACCAGAGAAGCCCUUACAAACUUAUGCGUUGGCCAAGUGAAGUGUUCACGUCUUCAUUCUGCUCCUGUCUUGAGCAUCAAUGACAAAUUUCGUUUUCUUCUUGGGAUGCUUGUCCUCGUUAUACACAACCCAACGGGCAAUACGUCGGGACGCCUUACAUCUGCAGCUCCAAAUAUCAGAUCUUAUAGGCCCGGGGAAAAACUGUCGUUGUUGACUCCAGUUGGGGGAGGUGAAAGAUGUGGGAAUAUGGCUCUGUCUGGGUUUCGACACAUGGGUUGGGGGGUCUGCUUGACUCGAUUGGCAAUAUAUUUUUUCCCUUUUUUGGGGAAAAAAUUCGUUUUCCUCUGGAAUACCGACCGAAAUUUAGACAAUAUAAUCACCAGAUGUUUGGAAGCAGGGCUCAGCAAAGGCGUCGUUAGGGUUGGUGUCACCCGGGGCGGAAUCUACUACAUGACCAAUGACUAAUGUUUAGCAAUGAGAACGUGUAAGGGCCAUAAACUGUACAGGAGAAUACUUCUCAACUUUAUUAAUGAUAAAAUAAAUAAUAGUAGUAAUAUUGAAGAAACAUAACCUCAAAUACCACUUUGAGUACAGGCAACAGAUCCUACAUUUAUUCAUCUUCAACAAUGCCCAAAAAAAAACUUGAAAAAUAAAGAAAACGUUGCAACACCAGAGAAACACUAGUUCCGAUUUGACCUUGAGUUGAGGUAACAUAUCAGUGAAUCUGAUCUUACAUUUCCUUGCCCUCAGUCCUGCAAAAUCAUCUAUCACAUCAAAAUCAAUGAUUUUCCCUAUAGGCCUAUUUGUACUUUGUUAAUAUAUAAUAGGCUAUAUAGAAACGAAGGAUUCUUCUCUUUUGUUGGUGCAUUAGUGUCAACUUCUUUAUAGGCUCUAUGGUGUCACCCCU